AUGAAAGAAGCAAAUGGUCAUCCAGAAGUCAUCUUCUUUGGCUGUGGUGAAGCAGAAAAGAAACUCAUCAACCUGCCCUUGUGGUACUGGGUUCAGUUGGAAGAAGCACAUGAUCAUUUAGAGAGAAUAGAGUUGUCUAGAAAAGAAGAUCAGGAAAAGAGAGGGGUUCGGUUUUGCAAUCAAUGUGAUCAUUUUGAUGGAGCCACUUGUAUUGGGGGCAUGAAAUCCUGCUGGAAGUUUAAUUUGUAUUCGACAAACAAGAGUUGUGCCACAAAUCACUAUUAUUAUAAUGACCGCUACUCAGGUGUGUACCUAUUUCGUUAUACAACACUGACUUGCAAGCCUUGUGAAGCAGGAAUGUUCCAGGUGUUCCAUGACCUCUUGAGAGAAACCACUUGCUGCAGCCGGGGAAACAGGUGUAAUGAUGGCAAAGAUAAUCAUGACCUUUCCAAACUAGUCAAGCCAGCGGAACAAGACUAUGAAGCAGCAGAAGAAACUUAAGAUUUUCAGAUUGUAUCUCAUUGUAGUCUUGCUCUUUCCUUACCCAAAUGCGAAAUUACCAUCUUAGAUUUUGUAGUCUAAGGCUUAGACUCUAUUUCCAUCUCUAUUCCAGUAGAUCUGUCUACAGAAACUCAGUCUUUCUAGUGUGUGUGCACCCAAUAGGAAAAGGUAAGUCAUAGGUCACAGAAACCCAGUUGUGCCUCUCAGCUGGAUUCUCUAGUCUUUCCUAUGUGGUGCCUUUUGACAAACCUAUCCUUAAUUUCUAAAGCCUAACCUGGGCUACAAUCAAAAUUCUGAAGUCUAUUGCAGUGGGAGUAAAGUUAUUUUCUGAUACAGUUUCUAAGGGAACAUGAAGGGGAACUCAGACUGCAUAGAAAUGUGAGGUCAAGAAACCACCAGAUAUGAGGAGAAAUAUUUGGGAGGUAAAUGGAAGAGUUAUGUGGCAGGGGUUCUAGGAGGAGUUUGGGAAAGUCAGAGUGAAAUUAGGAUGUAUUCUCUAAUUUGUGGGAAAGGAAGUAAGGCUCCAAGUACUUGACAUGAGAGUGAUACAGCUUGUGAACAUUUUUGGAAAAUUGCUGACCACUGCUAUUGCUAAUGACACUAUUCAAGGCCAUUGUGUUUUCAGUCAUCCUUCUUUACUGUCAUGGCCAAAGCUAAGUGUAUCAGGACAGCACUUGGCUGGACAUCGGCUAAUUACUCUACCGUUUGAUGUGAUAGCUACACAAUCUUUUGCCCAUUGGUAAAAGAUGAUUUUUUUCAUCUACUGAUAAAAUUUGCAACAAAAAAUGUUGAGUGAUAACAGCUUCAGAUCUUUACUUGUGAUUGUUUUUAAACAAAUGUAACAAUCCAUGAAGUGACAAAAGUUAAUUAUGGAUGAUCAUUCAUUCACUUUAGAUUUACAUUUUGCUGUAUUAAUCCUUCCUUUUAUUAGAAUCUGUAGACACUGUUAUAUUUGUCUACACACA